GGCGUGAGAAUCAGCAACCGCGCUUCUCUCGCUUGCAACAGAUCUCUCCAAUUCUUCUGCCCAGGAGCCGAUCGAUCAACAACAAAACGUGUUGCUGCGCCCCACAGACCCACUAGCCGGACUGGGUCGCGCGCGGGAUUGUGCGUUGCGCCAAUGCGUACCUUUAUUUCCGUAUUGUGCGUGGUAGUAUAAAGGCUCGCUCCAGAACGGAGGCUCCGAUCAGUGCUUUUGCAGCCUUCCGGUGAUCGGUAGAUUUCGAAAGUUUGUACUGUGGUUUUAGGGAAGAAUCCUGAAUAGUGGUUGUGCAGCAGUUGUGAAAAGUGCAGUACGAUGAAUACGGAAACGAUCGAUACGGGACCAGUGUUGGAGGGUGCGCUGAAUGUGGCCGAGUUCUAUCGUGACGCGACCGUGCUGGUUACCGGUGGCACCGGCUUUAUCGGCAAAGUGUUGGUGGAGAAGCUGCUGCGUUGCUUUGAGGUGAAGAAGAUCUUUCUGCUGAUCCGGCGCAAAGCGAACGUCAGUGCGACGGAUCGUCUCCAGCAGAUGUUGGAAGGACCGAUUUUCGACACAAUCCGUAGCACGGCACCGGAUGCGAAGGAGCGCUUCGCGAAGGUCGUAGCAAUGGAUGCCGCAUUCGAUCGCGAGGACAUUGUGGAUGACGUCGACAAGACGAAACUUUGUAACGAAGUGCAGAUCGUUUUCCACGUGAUGGCCUCGAUCCGGUUCAACGAGGUGCUGGACGAAGCGAUCGCGAUCAACGUCACCUCAGCGCAGCGGCUGUACGCCCUCGCCAGCUCGAUGGCGGAACUGCGCUCGAUUGUGCACGUGUCGACGUUCUACGCGAACUGCGAUCGGCCCUACAUCGAGGAGCGCAUCUAUGACGACGUACCGUACGGAGGGCUCGAGCACAUCCAGCUAUUCUUCAAGAGCCUCAGCGUGGAGGAGAAGGAACGCAUGACGCGGGUGGUGCUGGGCAAUAUGCCCAACUCGUACGUGUUUAGCAAAAAGUGUGCGGAGGCCAUGAUUGGCCGCGAGUUUGGCCAUCUGCCGAUUGGGAUCUUCCGGCCGCCGAUCGUGAUCUCGAGCUACCGCGAGCCGGAACCGGGCUGGGUGGACUGUUUCCACGGAGCCACCGGAUUGUGCGUGCCGGUCGUCCUGGGCAAGACGAUGUGGUACUAUGGGAAGCCGGAGGUAAAGCCGUUCAUGUCGCCGGUCGAUCAUACGGUGUCGGGGAUGUUGGCGGCGGCGUGCGACAUCUAUCGCCGACAGUGCACCAUUCUGCCGGUGGAAAAGCCGGUCCCGGUGUAUAACUUUACGUUCGAGAAGAACCGGUUCGCUUACGGCGAUAUGGUGGAGCUGGUCUGCUCUGGUUUGCCGAACGUGCUCGAUCGAUGGCUGAGUCGCAUCAAAUGCCGCAUCAGUCCUUGGAAAAUAUUUCCCCAAAUGCUGCUCUGGCUGAUGACGCUCCAGGCACGCAUUGCCGAUGAAAUUCUGGCCUGGUUCGGCAAGCGGGGCAGCAACGUGAAAAUUGUGUCCGCCAUUACGACACUCUCCAACGCGGUCGAGUACUUCCGCUGUCACAUGUGGACCAUGGACAACAGCAACGUGAAGCGGAUGCUGUCACUGCUAUCCCGAGACGACGCCAAGAGGUUGGACUUUGAUGGCGAGCAGAUCGACUGGCGAGACUACCACAAAUCGUACGCCAAGGGCAUUGCGAUGGAGCUGAUGAGGAAGAACGAUCGCCGGAAGUCGUCGAUGGCUUCGAACAGAGCUCCUAACAUGGAUAUCCCAGGGAGUACUCUCACAGAAUCCAGCAAACAGUUAAACGUUUUGGAGUUUUACCGUGACGCCGUGGUGCUCGUUACCGGCGGUACCGGAUUUCUCGGCAAAGUGCUGGUGGAAAAGCUGCUCCGAAGCAUGGCCGUCAAGAAGGUGGUGCUGCUUGUGCGGGAAAAGCGUGGCACCAGCGUACCCGAGCGAUUGCGUCAGCUGAUUUCCGAUCCAAUAUUCGAUAAGAUACGAGAGUCUGAAGUGCAUCCCAGCAAAGUGUUCGCAAAGUUGGAAGCCAUUGAAACUGAUUUUACGACAGAUGAGUUCGUAAAGGAACCUUACAAAACGGAUCUACUCAACGAGACACAGAUCGUUUUCCAUGUCAUGGCUACGGUAAGGUUUGACAUGUCGUUUCAAACCGUUUUGGACACCAAUGUGACCAGUCCCGAACGGCUGUACACCUUCCUACGGCAAGCGCGCCAUCUGAAGGCGAUCGUACACGUCUCCACCUUCUACUCGAACUGCGACCGAGCCCACAUCGAAGAGUGCGUGUACGAUGACAUACGGUACGGCGGCUGGGACCACAUUCGACGCAUUCUGGAACCGCUGACGGAGGCGGAAAAGGCCAAACUGAUGCCCUCGAUCAUUGCUCCACUGCCCAACAACUACACGUUUAGCAAGAAGUGUGCGGAGGUGAUGAUACAGAAGCGCUUCUCCGACCUACCGAUUGGUAUCUUCCGCCCACCGAUUGUGACGCCCGGCUACCGAGAGCCCGUGCCCGGUUGGGUCGAUAGCCUGCAGGGUGUGACAGCGUUGUGCAUUCCGAUACUGAAACAACGGCUGCUUUGGUACUACGGGGAUCCUACUGCGUGUCCGGCAUUGGUACCGGUGGACUACUGCAUUGCCGGCCUGAUCACUGCCGCCUGUGACGUGAGCCAUCGGCAGGAGGAAAAGCGUGUGCUGGAAUCGUUCGAUCGACAGGGUGCUGAGCCACCGGUGUACAACUUUUACUUCGACAAGCAGCUCAUCUCCUGGCAGCAGUUUAUUGGACUUGUUGGGGCGAGUCUUCCAACCCAUAGUGGACGACUGUUUAGAAAUGUUCGUAUGCGGCUAACCCGUUGUCGAAUUCUGUCGCUCAUUACGUUCUGGUGGAUGUACCUUCUUGCCUACAUUGCGGACUUUUUCCUGACAAUUCUGAAAAAGCCAAAAAGUAAUUUUAGAAUGGCGACGGGUCUGAAAACGCUGGCCGACGUCUCCGAACACUUUCGAUGCCUCACGUGGACAGCACGAAACGAUAACGUCAAGCGCAUGAGGCAAUUGCUUUCCAGGGCGGAUGAAGCAGUGCUCGAUUUUGAUGUCGAUCAAAUUGACCUGGUAGAGUACUACAAACAUUAUACGUCUGGGCUGUUUGAUCUGCUGAAGAGAAAAGAGCUUCAGCGAAUACAGAAAAAGAAGCUUGAAUGUGCUAUUUCGCGCCUCAUUAGUCCCUCGUUAGCAACGAGCCGUCGCGCCGGCAAAGAGCGAGCGAGCGAUCGAGCGCCAACCGCACACCGACGCACACAUCAAAACCAUAACCCCGUCACCAUAGGGCCUAUCAGGGUGCAGCGCCAGGAGCCAGGUGCAGCGGUUCGGACGCAUCUUCACAACGGCCACGGCAACGGCACGAAGAUGAGUGACACCUGCGGCUCGAAGGUGAUCGAGUUCUACCAGGACUCGGUCGUGCUGAUCACCGGCGCGAGCGGCUUCCUCGGCAAGGUGCUGCUCGAGAAGCUGCUCCGCUGUCUGGAGGCGCGCAAGAUAUACGUGCUGAUACGCCGGAAGCGCGACUACAGUGCACAGAUGCGGCUGGAGCAGAUUCUUAAGUCGAUGUUAUUCGACCGUGUUCGGAACGAGACCAAGGCAGCGAAGGCCCUGUUCGACAAGAUCGAGGCGGUCGAGGUAAACUUCGAGCGGGACGAUCUCGGACUGGAGCCGGCGCUGCGCGAUCGGCUCCGGCAGGAGGUGGAGGUCGCGUUCAAUCUGCUCGCCUCGGUCAACUUUAACGAGGCGCUCGACCAGGCGCUGGAAACGAACGUCGAGUGUACGCGGCGCGUGCUCAACCUGCUCAGCGGCGCCCGGCGCAUCAAGUCCGUCAUCCACGUGUCGACGUUCUACUCGAACUGCAACCGGACGCUGAUCGAGGAGAAGAUCUACGACGACAUCGGGUUCGGCGGGUACGACAACAUCAAGAGCACGUUCGCGAAGCUGCAGGACGAUCACAAACAGUUCCUGUCGCCGGUCGUGCUCGGCACCUUCCCGAACUCGUACACGUUCAGCAAAAAGUGCGCCGAGGUGGUGGUGCGCGACAAGUUCGGCCAUCUGCCGGUGGGCAUCUUUCGGCCACCGAUAGUGACCUCCAGCUACCGGGAGCCCGUACCUGGAUGGGUCGAUAACUUCAACGGUCCGAGCGGCAUGGUGGUGCCACUGUCCCAGGGGCUGUACAGUGCCGCCCUGCUCGAUCCCAAAAAGAAGCCGUUCAUCGUACCGGUCGACUUCUGCGUCAAUGCGCUGCUGGUGUGCGCGCACGACGUGAGCAAGUCGAGCGUCACCAAGAGCAUUCCCGUGUACAACUACACCGACGACUGCAACCUCUGGACCUGGGACCAGGUGAUCAACGGAUUCUUCAGCGGACUCGGACCAAUCCGGAAACUAGUGGCAAAAUACUUCACCGGCACAAUCACGGUCAACCCGGUGCGGUACGCAAUAUGCAAGCGAAUCAUGAUGUUCCAGGCCUUCUGUUUGGAUCUGAUCCGCACAUUCAGUGGAAAGGAAAAAAUUAUGCAACGAUUGUUCUCCAAGAUGGUGACGCUGAGCGAAGUGUUGCGCUUCUUCUGCCUGAACGACUGGAAGAUGACGAACGACAACAUCCGCCGGAUCAGCGACGAGAUGUCCCCGCUCGAGGCGGAGAUGUUCCCGCUCGACAUCAGGAAGAUCGACUGGACCGAGUACUACCGGAACUUUGUGCCGGGCGUGAUCAAGUACGCGGUGCAGCCGCGCAGCCCGCGCAGUCCCAGCAUCGCGGAGCGGAAGCUGAAGGAGUCGAAGGUGCGGGAAACGAAAAAGCUCAACAGCGGCCUGUUCUACCUGCUGUGGAGCUCCGUGUUUAUUAUUGCGCUGAAGAUAUUCAAAAACCUCUUCAACAAGGUGUGAAGAACUUUCCAACUCCAAGUACGCUUCCAAUUUAUUUAGGGUUCAAUUUAAGACGGAAAAUGGGACACGAACACUCAAACCCACACAUACACGUAAAGACACACACACACACACACACACACACACACAUACAAGCUGCAAUCACAAGUACAUGCUGAUAAAUAGGGGUAGUAGGUAAUAAGGCAAAUGGCGCAGAAGUAUAGAGGUCCUGCCAAUAAAAGACACGUCGCAAAUUCACGUCGCCGCAAAUGCGCUUGCGCAACCAGCAAACGAGCCAGCCAGCGGGCAAGCAGCAACUAUUUACUAAAACGCAUAGUAAUCAAGCAACAACAACAAAAAACAACAUGCAUAACCGCGAAAGAAAGAAUUAUAAAAGUAAUGCAAGCAAACAAACAAACAAACAUAACGGUAACGGAAAACAUCAAACAACACGGAACAACAACAUCAACAAGACAACAACAUCAUUUAAAGUAUAGAAUAAUAAUUACAAGCAAAACAAAAACAAGAACAAAAAAAAGAAGAAAACCAACAAAAAACAACUUUGCCACUAGCUACGUAGAGCUAAGGAUACCUGAAGUUCAGUGACAGAGAUUUUUUUCCAACAAAUGAUAACGAUUAAAUUAAUUAAUGAAUAAAAUAAACAUUUUGUAGGCUUUUUUGUA